AAGGGCUGAUUGCGAACGGCGGAGGGGCUCGAGAGCCGCCGCCGCAGCAGCAGCAGAGACCAGGGUGAACAAGUUCAGACAUGAGAGGCUGUGAGAGAAAGAGAGCCAGAGAUGGCGAAGCUGUCUGAGAAAGGUUAACAUGACUGAGUGUGUGAGUGAGUGAGUGAGUGAGUGAGCAGAGUGGGAGUGCAAAAAUGUAAAAGUGAGUAGGAGGGAAGAGAGAGACAGAGAGAGAGAGAGAGAAGAGAGGAGAGAAGGAGUGUCUGGUGAGCUCGUCUGGAUGCCUCUGCUCAUUCUGCUUUCUCACCUGGAGUCUGCGAGCAGAACAUCGGCCACACAGGUGUGUGGGGAGUGACUGGUGGACAUGCAGCACAAAGACUAGAGCCACCGAAGUGUUCGGGAAGCAACAUAUCAGGGGGGACCCGGGAUGUGUCACAGUUCCCGAGAGGCCGAUGGAGGUUUUGACCCGUGACCCCCAAACCAGCUCCAUCUCGGCAGAAGGCCAUGCGUCGCUGGAGUGAAUGACGGCGCUCUGAGGCCAUGAGCUUCACAACAAGCCCAGCUCUGGUUCCGGACAGGGACAGCCUCCCGUUUAAAAAGAGAGACCAAAGAGUGAGCUCCCCUCUGCAGCAGCAGAGGCAGCAGCUGCAGUGUGACGCCACAAACUUCAAGGCCCCCUAUCCGUACAAGAGCCACGGUGAUUUAAAGACGAAGCACAUGGGUCUGUUCCGACCUGUGCCGAGGCGGGUCACAGCCCUGUACCAACCCUGGAUGCACACGCAGCCCCCUCCUAGGGCCAAACUGCAAAUCCCGUCUGCUUUCAGGGAGCACCACGGCUGGGCGGAGUGGAGAGAGUUCAGUCCUCUGCCUCCUGUGUGGGACUUCUCCCAUCAGUACCACCUGCAGAGCCAUCUACCUGGGACACGCGCUCACCCCUCAGGACAUCCACACUAUCUCUCUAGAUUCAGCGCCGGCUCUCUGGUCCCUGAGGGCGCCCACAGAGCGGGCGGAGGCUGGGAGCGGCUCAAGACGUUGAAAGAGAAAGCGCACGGCGCACAUAAAGGCCCGUACGCGAGGAGAGGAGAGAGAAGAGCCGAGGAUUUACACAGGGAUGAAAAAUUGGGCGCUUACCUACCUCAUUCCAGACACGAGGGCGCUCCCUUGAAGCCAAAUGCAUCGUUCCAAUCAGCAAAAGCCAUAUCUGCGUCUGCGCAAUCCCCCGUCAGAGAGUCCCCCGACAACUCCAACGGCACAUGCACUCCCACGACAGGAGCCAAGCAGAGCGCCUCCCCUAAUCACUUCCCCUGGCUGCUUCCCCACUUUGUUGCAGGAUCUCUGAUCGAGCUCCGAGACGGGCGGCUGAGGAGGGUGGAGAACCUGCAGACCGAGGACUUUCUGCUCGGCUCCCUGGCCUGUCCAGACCUGCGCCUGAGCUGCUGCACGGUGCAGAGCAUCUCCCCCUCGGCCUCGUCCACCUCCGUCUCCCGCCUCCUCAUCCUGCUUCACGAGCAGCGGUCCCAGGAGCUGGUCGACGUGUACGUGGAGUACCCAUUCUUUGUGCGCGGACAGGGCUGGUCGUCCUGCAGCCCUCAGAGGACGGCUCGUCUCUGUGGCCUGCAGUGCCGGCAGCUCAGCGUGGGAGACGUCUGCUUGGCGCUCACGCCCGUCUCUGCUCCCAAGCCACCACUCUCAGACUCCCCGGGGCCAAAGACUGCACCCAGACAGUCGGAGGACAGUUCUGAUUCCCCAAAGGCAAACGCUGCCAUGCGCAGUCCGGUUCCACCUGAGCUAAAGGAGCUUGCAGCGGAGCAAAUAACAGGGGUCAAGGUAUCCCGCAGGAGGCACUAUUCAGCCCCGUGAGAUUAGCCCACUAGAGACAGUCUGACUGUAGAAAACGGUUUUUCCCAAGAUUUACGGCGCCUUACAAAAGUAUUCACACUUCGUGAACCGUUGUCAUAUUAAAACCACAACCUAUAUUUUGGCAAAGAAAAAUUUGAAACCAGUGGUAAUGCAUCAGUGCUCCUUUUAUACUGAUGACCCUUAACAAAAUCCAUCGAUGUUAGUCUUGUUCAGUUGUCCCAAGAUUAGUAAAACAGAGGCCAGCAGGUGUAGUUUAAUGUUAGCUUAAAUCAAGCUGCUCCGUGUAGGCCUCAGGGUUUUGUUAGAGAAGAUUAGUGAACAAACAACACCAUGAAGACCGGGGAACACAGCAGACAGCUCGGAAAUUAAGUCCCUGUUAAGUUUGCCAGUAG